GUGAUCCCAUUUAUUCACUUUUGCUUUGGUUGCCAGUGCUCCUGAGGUAUUACUCAAGAAAUCUUUGCCCGCUCUGGUGUUCUGGAGAGUUUCCCCCAAGUUUUCUUGUUGUCGUGUUGUAGUCUUGUCAAUGCACCAAGAUGUAACAGUCUCUCAUUGUCUGAGAUAGUAUCUGGAGUUCUUUGUCCUAUGUCCAAGAUGAUUGAGAAGUGCAGACACAAGUGUGAGGUUAAAGCGUAAGUUUAAUAAGCAAAAGAAGAAAGCUCUCUGUCAGCAGAGAGGGGAACCCAAAUGGGUUGCCCUCUAUGAGGCUGGGGUCCAGGGUAUUUAUGGACUAGGAAGGAGAAGGAAUGUGCUUAGCCCAUGGGCUGUCUUGGAGAACUUGUGACUAAGCUUGGCUCAGGGCCUUGGCCUGGGACCAGUCAGAGGCUGAAGUGAUGAUUCAUAGAGGCUGUGAUGAUUCAGCUUGCUCUGGGGCCUAUCAGAAGAUGAAGUGAAAGCUUGGCCCAGGACUUUGGCCCAUGACCAAUCAGGAGCUGAAGUGAUGAUUCAUAGAGGCCAGGCUCACAGUCCAAAAAUGUCUGUUUCUAUGCCAGUGUUUUUUUUUUUUUUUUUGAUGUAGGCACAUAUAGCAAUAAUCGUCCUUCUUAGUACUGCUUUUGGGUUUACGGAUAGGCUUAUGUGCUUCUCUUCAUAGCAGCAAGAUCCCCUAGCCUCAGGCAGGUCCAAAGAUGCUGUCCAGGAGUCAGGGACCAGAGUCCAAAAUUUUGGAAAUUUACCUUGCGUUCUGUUUUACUGCUGCUAAGCUAGCACUCAGGCCAGGAGAUGCAAUUCUUCCCAUUCUAAUCUUCCCUUUUCAUAUGCAGAGGCACCUUACCCCAUGGCCACCAUCACCACAGGCCUUUGGGAAUACUCUCAGGCUACCAUUGAUGUUCACUUAAGGACCAUGGGCUCUUCAUUCAGCCUAUGGUGAAUAAUGCUGCCUGAUCUAGGAUUCACCUUUCAUAGUGGUGGGCUCCCCCUCUGGCCCAGAGCAGGUCCAGAAAUGCUGUCCAAGAGCCAGGGCCUGGAAUUGGGGACCCCAAUAGCCCACUUGCUGUUAUACCCCUCUGUGGCUGACCUGCUACCUAAGGUUCAAGACAAAGUCCCCUUUACUUUUUCUCUCUGCUUUUCUCAGGCAGGAGAGUCUCUGACCAUACCCACCACAGCUAGGAAUGUGUUGGGUCUCACUUGAAACCAGCACAUCUCAGAGUCUCACUCAAGGCCCACACCAUACUACCUGGAUAUCACUGCAGGUUAUUCAAGGCCCAAGUGCUCUUUAGUCAGCAGGUGAUUGGUUCUUCUAUGACUUGGCUCUUCCCUUCAAUGCAGUAGGUUUCCUUCCAGAUCAGUGUGUAUCUAGAAAUGUCAUCUGGGAGCUAGAGUCUGGAAUCAGGGCUUCAUGACUCUGACCAGUGCCCUAUCCUACUGAGGCACAGCCACCCACACAGUGAAUCAUGUCUGCCUGGCACUCCCCUCUGCUCCUUCUACCUGACCUUCCUUUCCUAGCUGAUGGUCUACUGUGAACCACCUAGGCAGGACUGCUUAUCUCCAGUUCCCACGUUAAAUGGUGUCUGGUGAAAUCAGAGACAGCAAUCCCAGUAACACAGCUGGAUCUGUAGAGCCAAACAACUACUCUCUCUAAUCCAUAAAAUCCAUAAAGCACAGCUAGAACUCUUCUGCUUCCCACACAGAGAAGAAUUGCUAACUCAUAAUAUAUUUCACCUUCAAAAUAUAUCCAUAAUUAUGACAGAGAAAAUAUUUAUUUGUUGGCCACCUUGCCAAAGUAAAGUUAUCCAUAACAAACACCAUUGAUUAGAAAAUAUUCCUGUAAUAUUACCUCCAACACUUCAGAAGAGCCAGACCAGAUCUUCAUCUGCACAGCACAUGAUCCACUCAUCCACAAUGGUCAAGAGGCCUGUUUUUAAGAUUUCCAGUCACAUUCCCCUGACCCUGUCAUACUUACAACCAAGCUAUCCUCAAAUUAUCACUAGCCCUGUACAAAAAUGUAAAAAAAAUACAAGACCUACACAAGGCCUGUAAUGAAAAGUGGCAGCUGGUGAUACUGACUGAUCUAGCUGUUCCAUGAAAAUAUAAGUGGAAAACCACUAGAUAGAACAGAAAAAUCAGCAGAUGAAGAUUGAGCUACCAAGACAGGACCCUACAAAACCUUUUGGAAACACAGUAUCUUGGUGCCAAAUUUUAAAAACAAAAAUGAAGAAAGCAAGUGAAGAAAAGUAUAGAACCUUGUUUAGAAAAUUAAAUAAAGAUUUCUACCAGAACGCAUGAAGAAAGCAGCCAGAUAUAAAACAUAGGCAUAGAGAGGAUUGAUUCACAAUAUAACGUAUCAACAAGUAAGGUUCAGCACAAGAGUGAAGAAGAAUGAGUAUAAUAAUAUUACAGAGAAAAUAAUCUUUGGUGAAGGCAAUCUGAGAAGCAAAUAGCAUGGAAACUAAUUAAAAAAUAGAAAAUCAAUGCAAUACUUGAGGCUUUCAACAGAUUAUGAUACUAUCUAAUUAGAUUGUAUUAUUGUGUCCACUCAAUAAUCAGUCAGCGUGAUUAAAAUAUUUAGUACAAGAAGUAAGAUCUAAACUGAAUCUUACAGAACAUUCUAGAAGAGAGAAAGACCAUGGAAGAAGUCUUAGGGACAUACAAUAGCAUGGCUUGUUCAAGGAACUGUGUAUUCACACUAUUCUGUGCGGAAAUCUAAUGGUGCUUUCUGUGGCCAGUUUUGCUUUACUAACCCCCAGGAUAUUAAUAAAGAUAGAAUGUUUUAAUAUGUGUGUUCUACAACAAUAAAGUAUCUCUGGUUAGUGCUAGAUUAGGAGAAUCUUAAUCUCUUUGGGCCAGAGUAGCCUGAGGGUAAACCAUCUGUCAUCCAUGUGUGCCCAAGUGUGUUUUGUCCUCACACAACUCAACAUUAAACAGAAAUGAUCUCUAUAUUAUUAUGAAAUGAAGCUACAUAUCAUCCACAUAGGUAUAUAUGCCAUAAAAAUGGAAUUUAUGCUAUACAAAUAGCUAGAGAUAUUAAUCAUUUUCACUUCCGACUAUAGGAUCACUGCUGACACACAUAUAUAAAUGUGAGCUCAUGUGCACACAGACAACCAAUGCAGGGGAAGGACCAAAUAACUGUCUAACCCGAUUGAAAAUAAAAUGAUGACCAAACUUCAGCUGCAGUAUUUGUGCUGAUUGCUUGGAUACUGUUCCUUCAGAAACUAUGCUGAAGUCACAGGUUGUACCUAACCACAUCCUACCACCACAUCCUGCUGGGCUAAAGUCCCAAAAAGUAAUAAGAGAUGCAUUCAACUUUAUGAGAGGAAAGCAAAACCUAAUCUUUCAAGUGGUGAGGUCCACCCAGUAUGGAGUUCAAAGGUGCCAUUGUUCUGCUCAUGUUUAUAAAGGGAGCUGCCAUGUUUCUCUCAGCACAGAGUUGGGAGCAACUCCAGAGCCUCCUUCAAGAUGCUGCUGGUCCUGCUGUCAGUGGUCCUGCUGGCUCUGAGCUCAGCUCAGAGCACAGAUAAUGAUGUGAUCUCUGAAGACUUUACUCCCACCACACCAGAUGUAGAGGACUCAAGUCAGAGCCCAGAUCAGGGACCCCAGAGACCUCCUCCUGAAGGACUCCUACCCAGACUCCCUGGUGAUAGCUGUAACCAAGACGAUGGUCCUCAGCAGAGACCACCACAACCAGGAGGCCAUCACCGCUAUCCUCUCCCACUUCCUUUUCAAAAUCAACGACGUCGACCCCAACGAACAGACCUUCACCGCCCUCUACCCCGACUUCCUCCUGUAAGGCUGGAGGAAGUACCAGCAUUCUUCCAGGGGGACAAACCGCCAAGACAUCUCCAGGACCAGCCACGCUGGUAGUAAUCUAGAAUUCAACGACAGGUAUGAUUCCAGUUCAUUCUCCAUUAAAUGCCCAAACUGUUACUGUUCUCAAACUUUACUGUGUUCACAAAUCAAUUGGAAAUAUGUUGAAAUUACAUAAUCCUGAACCCCAUUUCUAAAGAUUUGUAUCCAGGUAUUCUUGGAUAAGAUUGCAAGUCCUUGUAUUUUUAACAAGCAGUUCAAAGAAUUCUUAUCUUAUGAAAUAUUGACCUCUCCAACUUUUUUCUUAAGAUGAGUUGUCUCCUUAAAAUGAGUUGGCAAUGAGGAAGUGGGGUGUGUUCUCCCUUUGGUGCUCUGCCUCCCGUCUUUGAGUCUGCCCUCUCAGACCCAGGGACUCUCCAUCUCAGGUUUCUCUCUGGUUUCCACCACAACACUCUUUGCUCAGUUCUGCCUCACACCAGCCUCUCAGGUCCAGUGUCCCUGCUAAAUGAUACUUGAACUUGAUGCUUCUAUAUCUUAUUUAAUUUUUAAAAUACUUAUUUUGAAAUUAGUACAUCCUCAAGGAAAAAAAAAAUCUAACUGAAUAGAAUGGUAUGAAGCUAAAUCUUAAAGUGAUGCCUUAUCCUACUUACCCACACCCCUCACCAAAUGUCACCACCAUUAAUUUUUUGAACAUCCUCCUGGAAAUAUGUAUAUGUAUAUAAGCGUAUGUCAUUAUUUUUCCCAUAAGUGAUAUAUUAUUUUAAAUGCAGAUCUGUACUUGCUUAUUUCAAAUAAUAUAUGUCUUAGAUAACUUUGUCAUUUCACAGAGACAUAUAGAUCUUCUUGGUGAUUUAUAUCUGUAUAAAUUUAUAUUUGUACAUUUUUAUUUUGUUGUUACAAUUGUAUACUACUCUCUUGUGUGACUGUACCAUGAUUUCUUCAAUCAACCACUGUUAAUUGAGAUGUGGGUCUGUAUUAGUUUUUCACUACUGUAGGUUCAAGUUGCAGUCAUUUUCAUAAAUAUAACCUUGAAUGUUUUGAACAGUAGCCAAAACAUAAACACCAUAAAAAUAAUCUGUUUUCUUAAUCUUGAAAGCAAUAAUUUACUUUACUAAUACCAUCAAGGAAUUAGAUACAUUUUGCUAUGUUGUGUCUUGUGUAUAAAUUUCCUUAUUUGUUUGUUUGUUUCAGAAAAUAAAUAAGAAGAUAACUUCCUUCAGAAAGCCAUUACAUUGAAAUAAUGUGGUCAUAACUCUUUCUUCAGUAUACCAAUAAAAUACUAAUAGCAUGCAA